AUAUAAAUAAAUCAACCAAGUAGUAAGUACGCUCAUUUUGUGCCGUCCAAGUCAAUGGCCUUCAUCUCUUACAUUUCUGCUGCCAGACAGCUCUCUGAAUAUGAGCCUCCGGUCUUUGAGGCCACUGACUCCAUUGGUGGAGUUUGGAGACAUUGUUCUUGCAAAUCUAAUAAACUUGUUCAGACCCCUCGCUGUGAUUAUGAGUUCUCAGAUUAUCCUUGGCCCGAAAGAGAUAAUUCGAGUUGUCCAUCUCAUGAUGAGAUACUGGAAUACUCGCAAUCUUAUGCUACUCACUUUGAUGUGUUGAAGUUUGUUGGUGACCGGGAAACCGCCGAUGAUGUCGGUGGUAAACCGGGAGAUUAUGGAAGUUUUUCAAGUUGUGAAUUGGUGGCCGAAGAUGGAACUGUAUUCUUCAAAGAUGAAGAUGAAUUCAAGUUUUCGGUGGAAGACUCUGUCAUUUCAUCGUAUCUAAAAAAGAAGAUUAUUGAAGAGAAGAACACGAGUAUGGAUUUCUAUUCCAAGGACAACAUGAAGCGGAAAUUUAGUUUCUUUGAAUCCUGUGUCUUUGAGAUCCCUGUAGUGAUCUUGCCACCAGUUCAUUUUAAUCGACGGAUAAAAUUUACGCCUUCUCGGUGGUGGAAGCCGAGAAUGGAUUUUUCAAGUUCUGAAUGGGGCGAAGACGCUGGCCUCAGGAAAGGACCUUGGACUCCCGAAGAAGAUCUGAAACUUAUCCAUUACAUCCAAACACAUGGCCAUGGAAAUUGGAGUGCCCUCCCUAAGCUUGCAGGACUUGACAGAUGUGGCAAGAGUUGUAGGUUAAGAUGGAAAUUUUUUUUCAGGCCUGAUAUCAAUAGGGGGAAAUUUUCUCAAGAAGAAGAGCAAACAAUUUUGGAUCUCCAUUCCAUCCUUGGGAACAAGUGGUCAUCAAUUGCUACACACUUACCAGGUAGGACAGAAAAUGAAAUCAAGAAUUUCUGGAAUAACUACUUGGAAAAGAAGAAGCUGAUUCAGAUGGGUAUAUAUCCAAUGACUCACCGUCCAAGAACUGAUCUCUUUUUUAGCAUGUUGCAAGAAGAAUUUGUUCCUUCUUCGUGGAGUACUGGCAAAACUUGCAAGACUUCAACAGGACUCACCUCUGAAUAUGAUCCAAACGUUAGCUAUUUAGGGUAUGAAAAUGGCAUUAAAUCUGGUUUUUUUACCAUUCCGGACAGCCAACAUGAUCAACCAAAUUGUAAGGAUGCAGAUGUAGAAAUUGGAAAAAUACUUCGACAAGCUGGAGCUUUGAGAGCCAGAGAUCUCCCCAAUCACAAUUCUCACCAUGAUACUGUUUAUCUUUGUAGAGAGGGGUGCCACAAACCAUCACAUAACCCGAUCAAGGCCAUCCUCAAACUCAGGAGGGAGUAUAUGUGUGGUGUAUUGUUAUUGAUGUCGGCACUGGUUGCAACAAUGACCUACCGAGCAGCAUUUAGUCUCCGUGGUGGCACUCUCAAAGAUGGCUACUCAUAUCAUUAUGCUGCAAAUGACACCAUCCAACUGAAGAAACAAGAUUCAGUUGUAAACCGGUCGUUCAUACUGUUCAACUCCACCGGAUUUGUUGCAUCAGUGGCUGUUAUUAUAUUCCUCCUACAUGAUUUUCCGCUGAAACCGUGGCCUCAAAUCUCAGUGUCCACUAUGUUUGGAUCAUAUAUGUGCUUGAUAAUGGCAAUAUCACCGCAGGAAGCCUUUCCGGUCCUAGUCGUAGCAAUUCCAUUUCUACUGUUGGCGGCUGCAGGAAAAUUGCUUGGCUUUGCAAGGCCAAGGUCCUAAUUGAAGUUCUCUUAUAUUGUGUAAUGUUCGAUAUUAUAGGAUAUGUGUGAUCUCUGCUGUGCAGAGUUUCCUUUUGUGUUUUUCGCUAAGUUCAUGUCGGACUUGGCAAAAUGUUGCAGUUCUGUUCUGUAAUAAAAGGCGUCAGAUGCCCGCAUCAACGCCCCGGGCAUUCAAACUCUUAUACAGAGUGAUUUCCAGAACGAUAUGCAUAUAUCCCCAACAGAUGACCUUUCAGCCACAGUGAUGGAAGAUGAUUGGGAACUUCUCAACGACAUCCAUGUUUGAAGCUUCAAUUGGUUCCCGGAGAUGGUAAUCAAGUUGCUCACACUAUCGUUCAAUGGGAGUAGAUAUAGAAUGGCAAGUUUGGCCCAAGUGGUUGUUCGAUGAUGUUCAUUUUGAUUGCCUGUUGUAGUUCUGUUUUGUUGUUAGGGAAAGGAAAACAAGUAUCUUCAUGUGGAGUCUACUUGAUAGCAUUUCUCUAAUGUUCGUUGGUUGUAAUUGAAUAAGUAUUAUUUGAUUAAAUGGACAGUAUUGAAAAAUGAAGGAAAUGGUUUUUUUUUUUUGAACA